UCGUCAUCGGAGUCGAAAGUUGUCAAAAACAAAAACUUGAGAAAUAUUUAAAUUUAAUUUGCAAAUGCUCGUGCACAUACAUAUAUGUAUAACGCAAUUCACCUCGUGAAUGUUAUACAUUGAGAUUUACAGAGAGCGCCACGUAACGAGAUAGUGUCUGCGUCGAUAACGAACAUCGGAAAUCUCUCGGUAGAUAUCGACUUUAUCUCGUUAAAUAGAAAUAAUGAACGGAUGAACGAACGAACAACAUUUGCACGUAUCAAACUCCAUACCGGAAUAAAAUGCGUAAUUCUAGAUAUUCUAACGGUUCCAGCUCCUGGUCUAACGGGAUGAGAAAUUUUCAAAUUUAAUAAUAACUCAACGUAAAUGAUUAUAUAAAAGCCCUUCAUAUGCAUAUAGUUUUAUCUCACAUAAACAGAUUUCCAGACUAUUUUAUCACUUCAGAACUGUCAAUUUAUAUUGCGAGAUAACGUUCAGAUUGGACAACGUAACGAAACUGCGUUUCAUAUUAUUUUCGUUGCAUACUUUAGCUGCCCGAUAAAGAUACGAUCUAAAGGAUCCACUGUUUUGAUCGAUUAUUGCCGGCGAAAUUAAUGGCGAGGGAGAGGGGUUGAAUCCGAUAAUCGGAUUUAUUUGGGAAAUUUAUAAAAGCGAUAUAGCCAUAGGGAUUUCACAUAGUCUCGUGACGAUCCUUACAAUGAAGUACGUUUACGUUAUUCCGAUAUUUAUCUCCUCUGUUUUGACGCGGCCGGAAAUUCUAAAUAUUGAAGGCAAUGAAUAUUCAGAUAUUGACAUAAAUAACCUUGUGGACCGUGCCAUUCCUCAAAUUUCGCAAUUUAUUAUCAACAACGGCCUGGACCCGCUCAAUCUCCCACAAACUGAAAAAAAAUUAUGGACGGACCUUUCGGACACCACUAUUUCGAACGAGAUCGAACCAAUGAUAUACAAAGCCAACCUGAUUUUACACUCGGGAAUACUGAAACACUUGUCCAAUUUGAAGCGUUAUGGCGACGCCACCUUAAAUUACAAAGAUCAAGUGUUACGGUUGGAUGUUGGCUUCGAAUUUACUCUCUUACAGGGAACGUACGAUUUCAUCGUAGACGUGGUCUUUGUCAACCUGAAGGGUCGCAUUCUGGUAUCAGCGGCAAACGUGCGCGCUAAAAUAAUCAUCACAUACAACUCGAUGAAUCACAUUUUAUCUCUCGACAAAUUUGAAUUACAAGUUCCAGGCAGCAUUAAAGUAAUAAUCGAAAACAAGAACGGAGGAGUGGAUUGGAUAAACACAUUCAUCGCCAAUAUCGUAACGCCGUUCUUUAAGAACACGAUUGUAAGCUCCGUUCAGGAAGAAGCGGCGAAUGCAAUCCGAGCGCAUUUCGAUGAAAUAAGUCAGGCAAUCGUCGAAGGCAAACUGGUUACUCCCGUUUUCGAAUACGGAAGCACAAAGGCAUGAACGAAAAUCGAAUGUGGAUUUCCUAAUGCGAUGUAUAAUUUUAUAUUCUAUGUUUUUCUGAAUACAUUAAACUUUGUAGAUAUUUGCGCAUUUAUUCAUCGGUGCAACCUAUACGAAUCUUUCAAAGUGUUGUAAAGGCUACUAAAAAGAAAAUAUGUAGAAAGGAGAGAAUGCCAAUGUGAGCCACAAAAUGAACGGAACUCGAUUCUCACAAUAUAGAAACAAAAUUACUCUUUAAUA